AUUAUCGUUAUUCAAAAUCGUUUUUUAAUGAAGAAAAAUGUUUAACUUAUUAUUCUUAUUAAUUCAUCAUACUGUGAUAUUAAACCAUUAGCAUAUUGAUAUAUCUUUUUGAAUACCGUUCCUUGUGCAUUUUUUUUUUGACGCAGUUGCAUAUUACCGCCAGCUAGACGGGUGGGCGAUCGAGCUCGAGUUAACGUGCAAAGAGAAUAUUGUUAAUUUCUAAAGAACGUAACACUAGAAAGUUUUCGAGAUGGUUAAAUGCCAGAAAAAGUUCAGUAACGGCAGCAUCUGUAAUGGGUACCUGGCAGAAGGAUUCAAGUACUGUCCCUCAUGUGGUACGCCUGUGCCAGAAAACAGUCAGGGAUCCGAUAAAUUGGAGGAAGGGAGUACCUCCAACGUAACAGACAAAUCCGUUCCUGACACCAUGAAAACAGAUAUGAAUAAGCAUGAAGAUCCUGGUGGCGGUAACGACAGUGAGACGUCAUCAAACGUAGACGUUUAUUGCUCGCCUGAAACAUCGUCAGUUAAAAAUGUCACCGAGAAGCAAAACGUGCCAGAUGGAAUAGCUAGUAAGGAUAAUGAAGCUACAAAGAAAGAAUGCACUACAGAAGUCUCACACGAUAUAACGAAAGACAACUCAACGACAGAAAAAGACCCAGAAAAAGAAUUGAAAGUACUUCGGGACAGUGUCCUUGAAGGAAAUGGAUCAAAUGAGAAGGAAGGAGAAAGAAAUGCAGAAACCGAGAAACAAGAUCAAAGCGAAAUAGCAAAAGGACAAAGCCUUGGAAUUAUACAGGAAUCCAAAGUCAUUGCAGACAUUGGUCAGAAUACCUCAACACAACAAAGUGAGCCGCAAGAUAUCCCAAUCCAAGAUAGUGACUUUGUAUCCUCUAAGGAUGAAGAAAAAGUCCAGGAAUCACAGAAAACAACAGACGGAAAUAAGAAAGCAUCAACUGUGGAAGAGGAAUCAGCUGGCAACACUUUGAAUUCGGUCACAAUAAGAAAAACAGAUGAAGAUGACAAACAAGGGAGAGUUUUUGAUACAAAAGAAGAUAAAAAGAACCAACAUGAAGAUGGUAAGCCACACACACAGUCUAGGGAUACCAGUGGGCCGUCAACCCCGGAUAAGAUACAAACAGACAAAGUCAACAAUAAUAUCAAUGGAAAAGAAGAAAACGAAAGUCUCCAAAAGACAAAACAGACAGAAAACACAGAAAAUCGCGCCAAAAUGGUGAAAGAAUCCAAAAACCAACAAAAAAGAUCAGUGGACAGUCAAUCUUCAGGGCAAAGUGAAAAGUGCCAACCAUCUGAAGUUGUUAAAAAGAAGGUGGUGAGAGUUAUAUUCCAUGCGUUCUUGGCACCAAAUGUUAAAAUGAGUCUUCAAAAAGACAAGAUCUUCGUAGUAUUUGGUCCUCCAUACAGUGACUGGGAGACAGAAAAGGGAGUAGUUUUAUCUACAACAGAAAACCAGUCGAAAAAGUAUCCCGCGCGUCUGAAAGCAACAGCUAUGAUAGAAAAAGAUUUACUGAGAGAACCAUUGCGCUACCUAUACAUGUUCCACCGACCAAACGAUAAAAAAAUCGAAACAGAACGAGAGUUUUACCUUCAUAAUUACGGACCUUAUAAAUAUGGACACCGUGAGCUUAUCGUCCCACCGGCAGAAAAAGGUGAAUGGAAUCAGUAUGACGGGUGCAUUUAUGCUGCUAGAAAAGGGAUAUUUUUCAACAUCAGAGAAAAGUUUACUGGAAAAUUUCAGGACGUUAUGCUGAAAGAUGGCAAACAUAUUUUGCAGUGUUAUUUGCCAAAUGUUGCAGAAUUUCUCCAAACGAGGAAGCAGCUUGUUGAGUUGCAAGAUAUUUUCAGAAGUAUAAAGCAGGGUGGGAUAAAAGACCAAUUCAUGAAAAAUCAGAAAGAACCAGAUGCUUAUUUUUUCAACCAGCUACUCUGGGACCACCUUAAAGUUGCGACUGAUAGACUUGAGGAAACAAAAGAAAAAGAUAUAGGCAUGGCACUUUUGACAUCCAUAAUGGUCAUAGAACUCGUCAAAGAUUUGGACAUACCAUUCGAAAUAAUAGAACCUCUUCAUGUUAAGACCCUACAAAUGUGUUUACUGCUGAGACCUGAUAUUGUGCACAAAACUUGUGAUCAGCUGGAAUACUUGGAAAAACAUUUGCCAAGCGAUGCUAGAGAGAAAGCAAAGUCGUCCAUCGUAUCUUUUUUGAAAAGGACAACAACAGUGGGAAGUUAUGUUGAUCCAGCUUGGUUAGCAUGCAUGCCAUUAAUUCACUAUCUAGAGGGCAACUUACAGCCAUUCGUAUCGAAUCUAUGCCACUUUGAAAUUACUGAAACAAAGCAAGAUGUAUGGUGGUGCUUUUCGGAAUUCGGAGAGGAAAAAGAGGAAAUGAAAAAAAGACUGUGGACAACAUCUUGCGAAGAGUUCGUCAAAAUACACAAAACGCUUUUCCAACUCGACACUACUCUACAAAAAUCGUUCAUGGCUGCAUUAGGCUUACUUCAGGUUUCCAAAGUAAUGCAAAUGUCGGAGAUUCAGCUUGAAAUCAAGUUGGCAACAAUAGAACAUUAUUUUGAAAAUUCCUCUCAGACGCAGCUCCUUCAGGAACUUAUGAGUAGUGUGUAUGCGAUCUUACUCGAGACUCUGUCCUCUCACUCGGACACAAAGAAGAUUCCAUGGGAUGAAGUUGACGUAAAGCAUAAAAUACGUCACAAUCUGUUGAUUGCUAUUUUGAAUCAUGGACUACAUAAACAAAGGCUGCUACAAGAUUGGAAACUCGUUUUGACUUGUUUUCAUUGUUCACUGCUGUCUAUAGCCAUAUUAGACAAGAUUACUGCGGUUUGUGAAGAUAUGAAAUCUCUAACAACUAUGAUAAUAACUUUGCUUGACGACUUCUUUGGAAGCCGUGGUGCUGAUCUCCAGGUCGGAGACUUUGCUUUGUCAAUAGAAACUGACUAUCCUCUGCAACAUCUUCCUGGAAAUUUUGAGCCAGCAAUCUUGUCGGCUGUAGAGAAAUUUUUAAAUCUUUGCGGUACAAAGGAAGUGGUGGAUUUGUUUCUCUAUGGCAUGCAUGGAAUACAGUCAGAACGGUUGAAGUCACUGGUGGAACGAAAAACAUUCUCGUCUUUUGAAGAGAUUUUAAAGGACCGGGAAUGCUAUGGUUUGUUCGGCUUUACAGAAGGAAUGAUAAGAAGCAAUAACUACAUUGUACCUCUUCUGACAAAAUUUUUCCAAAAAGUGUGGACACUUGAGUUCAACGCAUCACCUAGGGCUUACCUUGAACAAAUUUUAACCUGCAAUUGUUACCCACAGUAUAGUGAAAGUUACUAUCAAAAGGGACUGCUUCUGAAAUAUAUGGAUAGCGAAUUGGUGAAGAAACUCGAAAGAUCACUUCGUGUGUUUCAAGACUUUAUUACGGCUUUUGAAAACAACACCAUUUUGAUUCAGGAUCUGAUGCUUGGACUACAACAUACAGAGAAUCUAAGAAAAAUUGCAGAAAAAUUGGAAUCAGCCCCAGAUUUUAAUUUGCCAUUUACACCUGAUUCUUUGUCCAUACUUCUCGAAUGCAGGGAGAAAGACAUGAAAACUUUAAUUGACGAAAUGAAAAUAGUUGAGGGUUUACAGAUUAUUUUAAAGAUGGUUCGAAACUAUAAAUCAGGCUUGCCUAAUGGUUACGAAACCAUUCUUCAAAACUGGAAAAAGAUGAAAUUAGAAGAUAUAUGCGAAAUUCCAAAACAGAUGUCAGAUUAUACAAUGCAUACACCAAGGUUGAAAGUAUUUACCGAGAUCCUGGAAGAACCUGUAAUAUCUUUUGUAAAAUGUAUUUCAUUUUACAAACAAAGCAAAACAUUUGAAACAGUUCUAAAAUCAGUGUCUAAACAGAAGACAGCUAUGGAAAUGAAAAAAUAUGACUUCUUUGAGCUUUUUGAGGAAGUUUUGAAUCCUGCAAAAGAUAUGUGGGGGGAAUACUGCACCAGCCUGGAAAAUGGAACAAUAACCAUUGAGGACAUUGAGACAUUACAUCUGCACAGAGUAGAUGAUGACAGUCUACAGAAAGAAUUUACGGCCAUGAACAGAGGUUCGAAAAAGCCAUGGAUUCAAAAUCGCAUAGCCGAGUUCCGACGAUAUAAAUGUUUCUCACAGUCUGUUGAAGCAGCAAGGUUGCUCAAAGAAAUACGAAACACAAACAAUAUUGAGGGAAAUUUUGACUCCGUGGAAUUGAUUGAACGAUCUGACAGAGACAAAGCAAUUUCCCUUAAAGAGAUGGCUAGUAAGAUCCAGUCUUUUCAUACAAAGUUGGAAAGAGUUGAUGAGAAAAGAAAGGAAUGUUUGAAUGCAUUUUGUAGAUCGGAUGCUUUAGUGAAAUGGCUUCGAGACUCUUUGAAAGGUGGGGUAAAAGACUUGAAAAUAUACGCAGACUUGGCCUUUAUGUCUGUGGAAGAAGAUGACCUUAUUGCACAUAUAACCGACUUGCAUACGGCAGCCAUUGGAUAUGCACCAUUGAUUUUCUACACAGAAGACAUACAGGGAGAAGAUGCUUUGAUUCAAAGAUGUGAGGAAGUUUGGACUAGUCUUGAAAAGGGUGUGGAUUUGCCGAAAAAGCUGCUCGAAUCAAAUCGGUUACUACAAUGGUUUGUUGAAAUCAAAGAGGCCCAUGGUUCUGUUGAAGUGACGUCACUGAAACAAGUUGAUGCUAUAAAACAGCGGGGGAUUUUCAGAGUUGGAAUUAGUGAAGGGAAACAUGACAUUCAACUGAGCUUACAGGAUGUUGUUUGUCUUCGCGUACCUAGAGCUGUCCAAACAGAUGAACAUUUUCAUGAAACAUUAGUGAAAGAUCUUGCUUCGACAUCUGAAGAUAGUCCUGAACACAUGGAGGAAACUGAAUGCUCUCAGUCCGAACACAUAGAAGCCAAACGUGUAGAUCCCAUAACAGAAGGGCGAGAAUACUCAUAUAGUGAUAUGAUGGAUCUGCAGAGUCGUCUCAUGUUGGUCUCUGGAAAAACUGACACCGGCAGGGAAAAUAUAGAGAAAUUUACAGCUAUUUUUGACAACGUAACAAGACUUGGAAGAAUUUUUAUCAAACUUUACUCAUCAGGAUGCGUGUUAUUUAAACAAUGGUCCUUUGAAUUUCUCUGCAACAAAUCGGUUGAGAACUGCGCUUUUGUGAAGUUUGGUCAGCAGCAUGAGUCAACUUUAAAGGGAACUAAUACAAAAACCAGAGAUGAACAUAUAUCACAAGAUGAUGUUGUGAAUGACUACAUGCAAAAGAUAGCGGACUUUUUGGAAAACUGCUAUGAGCAAUGGAUGGGGCAUGUAAGAGAAACUAGGGAUAGCUAUUAUCCCCUAAAUUUCUUUACAGUUGCCCAGAUGAUCAUUUUGCAGGAAGAAUUAGCAAUGUACAGACAUGGAAGUCAUGAUUCAAAGUAUUUGCUUGCACUCCUUUCAUAUGUCAAGUCAGAUUGUUCAGUGGAAGAUUUAGAGUUUGCGUUCAUGAGCUUGAACGAACUGUUGAGGAGAGAGCAGGACAAAGAUAUCACUGAUGAGUCCUCAGCAUCACAAGAAAACAGGACAAUUCAAGAUUUUCUCAAGGCAGCCGAUGAUUCCGGCAUAUCAAAAAGAAGAGCAAUGCAGUGCAUACAGUCUAAUAUGUUUGACCCUCAGGAUUUUGAUAGCAGCCUUAUGUGGUGCUAUGAAGAGGAUGAGAGAGAGGAGGAAAACAUAGUUGUUGGUGUAAAUGAUAAUCUUUCACCAGAAGUCUCUGGAAACACUAAUACCGUGUCACUCAAAGAUUUUGACAGACAAAUUGAAGAUCUUCUGAGACAAGAAGCUGUAGAAAGCAUUGAAAAGAGGUUAAGAGAAAUUUGGGAAAAAUACUUAAAAUUUACAUCUCUAAGCUUGAACGACUUUUUGAGUGUGGAACAUGUAGGGUUUAUACUACAGCAUAUCUAUGACAAAAACACUAAAGUGUGUAGUCGUCCAUUGCCAGCUCCACUGAAACCUGGAAAACCUAAUCUUAUUGUGUGUUCUCAGGAGGAAGUAUUACCAAUGCUAUUGACUCUGUUUAUGAAUGAUCAAUCGUUGCCACUACCAAGUAGAAAUGAGGUCUUGCUGUGUACAGAAUUGACAACAACUGAAGAGGUAACCAUGUUCUUUCGAAGGGCAUUGAGACAGGAAGAAAAGGACAGGAAUCAUCUUAUUUUCUGUCUGGUUAAUGCAGACUUUAUUCGAUAUGAUGUAUGUGAGGAAUCGCUGAAAGAAUUCAAGGAAGAAAUGAGAGCAGCAAGAACAGAGUACAGUCUUGUGGUCAUUUGCAGCAGUGAAAACGAGUACCAGUCUCCAAUAAUCGCUGCCCUGGACAAAUUUCGUACACCAAAAAUGACAGUCUCAGCAGAGGAGAAAAUUCAGCAUUAUUUGAGGAAUAAAUUUUGUACACGCGGAAAGGUGGAAAGCGAUGCUGCAUCUAUUGUUGACAAAUCAGAAUUAUGCGUUCGUGUUGUGAAAUCAGACAGAGCAGGAUUAGGAAAAACACUCCACAAAAACCGUUUGGUUGAGCAGUUGAAAAUACAUUAUCCAAGUGCUGAUGAGGAUGAAUUUCCAGUUACGUAUUCAAUUCCACUCAGCCAAAAGGACCAUGAUUUUGCUGACGUGUCAAGAAAGUUAAUGGAUUACACACUGUCACCUGACAUUAUUUCUCCAAGAAUUUUCCAUAUAGAUGUUGCAUCUGGGAUGGAUGAAGGAGUAGCAUCUUUUCUUUUCAACCUGAUAAUUUUGGGAGCUGUCGUUGAUGACAGAGGAUAUGCAUUUCAGCGAUCAAUGACAGAUUUGUACUUGAUUGAAAUAACUGUUAGAGAUAAGGGUCACUAUUCGAGACGAUCAGUUUCUGGAAUCCAACUGAUAGACCUGCUGCCUUGUGUACGAUGCGUCUCCCCACAAGAAGAAUUAAAAGGCAUGUUGAGAGUUCGUAAAAUAUACAUUAAGCAAAGGGAAUGGAAAUAGACUUCAUAUACAUUA